ACUAUCUACUACAUAACAUCAACAACGGCCUUCUUUUAGUACUUUUGCUCAUCCAAUCUUCAUUAUGCUCUCACACACGACUCUCAAAGCAGUAUUUAUAUCUCUCCUUGCCUACGCUUCAGCUCUGUCUUCUGAAUUUGACACACGCGCAACCUGUCCUGAAAUCCACGUUUUUGGUGCCAGAGAGACCACGGCACCAGCUGGAUAUGGAACAGCAGGUGUGGUGGUCAAUCUCAUCCUUGCCGCUCAUCCUGGUUCAACUUCCGAAUCCAUCAGUUAUCCCGCGUGUGGGGGCCAAUCUUCGUGUGGUGGGAUUAGCUAUGGGAAUAGUGUUGUUGCAGGAGUUUCUGCUGUCGCAGCUGCAGUAAAUGCAUAUCAUACACAAUGCCCAAGUACUAAAUUGGUUUUGGUGGGGUAUUCUCAGGGUGGUCAAAUAAUGGAUGAUGCUUUCUGUGGAGGUGGAGAUGCGAAUAAUGGACUCACGAAUACUGCGAUUCCAAUUCAAGCCAGCGCUGUCAAUAUGAUCAAGGCCGCAAUUUUUAUGGGUAACCCACGCUACAUUUAUGGACUUUCCUAUGAAGUUGGUACCUGUAAAGCUCAAGGAUUCGCACCUCGUCCCUCUGGAUUUUCUUGUCCUUCCGGUUCAAAGAUAAAGUCUUAUUGCGACGCCGCUGACCCGUACUGCUGCAACGGUUCUGAUGCAAAUACUCAUCAAGGUUACGGCACUGAAUAUGGUCAACAAGCCUUAACAUUUGUAAAUGCACAACUCGCGUCAUCUGGUACGUCCCCAACAACUACUCCAUCUAGCCCCGGUACCACAACUACCAUUACCUCCCCUGGAUCCACUGGAGUUGCACAUUAUGGACAAUGUGGUGGGACUGGAUAUACGGGUAGUACAACUUGUGCUGGCCCAUAUACGUGCACUUAUGCAAAUGCUUAUUAUUCGCAAUGUCUUUAGGUUGAUUUUCUCUCUACUUUUCUUUCUACAUGUCUUCUUUCAUUGGAUACGAAGUGGAAAUUCAUGGCUCGAUUUGAAUGAAACGCAACGGUAUUUCAUUUGUACUGUAUCUCGCAUCCGGGACUGCAAUCCGAUCUCAGACUUUAUUUCAUUCAUUUAAGUUUCGAUGAAUACAUCAUUUCAAAGAG